GCCCCUGGAGCCUUGGAGGAGACGCUGCUGUGAAAACCAUCGUCCCGAAGGAAGAGCCGGGAUCUCCAGGAGCUGCACUGGUGCUGUUGCCAGAGGACACGGCUGAGGUGUGUUUUCCAGAGGACCUUUGGCUCAGCCCCCGUGCCAGGCCCAGCCCUGGGAUGCAGCCCACGGCCCUGCAGAGCCUGUCUGAGCUGGAGAGGGCCAGUCUGCAGGAGCUGGCACUGUUCCGGCUGCAGGAGAGGCUGCCAGGGGGGCACCUCACUCUGGACAGAGACGGCUCCAAAGGCAUUAAAUCCAUCCGGCAGAAGCUGGAGAGCUUCUCAAAGGAGAGGAAAGACUGCUCUCCCCACACCUUCGGGGUCCCGCUCUCCCAGGUCAUUGCCAACGACCGCGCCUGCCGGCAGCUGCAGGAGGCCGUGGGCAGGAGCCGCCGCCUGUGCCUGGAGGUGGAGGCCACGGUGACACGCUUCAGGGCUCAGAGGCAGAAGAGGUUGGGAAUGGGCACCAGCUGUAUCCGAGCGCCCGAAGGGGAGGAGCCGCUUUCCCCAGCUCUCCUGGACAAGAGCUCCUGGAGCCAGAGGAGGGGGGCCAUGUCCGUGGAUUCCAUCACGGACCUGAGCGACAAUGCCUCCAAGCUGCUGGAGGCCCUGCAGCUCUCUCACCCCCACGAGCUGGACCCUCGCAGGAGCCGGGGCAAGAAGAAGACGCUGAGCCUGAACCCCAUCACCUGGCAGGUGCCACGGAUCGUGGACAGGUGCUGCACACACCUCGAGACGCACGGGCUCCAAACUGUCGGCAUCUUCCGCGUCGGGAGCUCCAAGAAAAGAGUCCAGCAGCUGAGGGAAGAGUUUGAUCGAGGGCUGGAUGUUUUCUUGGACGAGCAUCAAAGUGUUCACGACGUGGCUGCCCUGCUCAAAGAGUUCCUCCGGGAUAUGCCCGAUCCCCUGAUUCCCAGAGAGCUCUACGGAGCCUUCCUCAGCACGGCCACCAUGGAGGGGCCGGCACAGCUGGACACCCUGCAGCUGCUGCUGUUCCUGCUGCCCCCCUGCCACGGUGACACCCUGCUCCGGCUCCUGCGCUUCCUGGCUGAGGUGGCCCGGCACGCUGAGAGCUCCUGGGACGCUGAGGGCCACGAGAUCCCCGGGAAUAAAAUGACAGUGUCAAACCUAGCUACAGUCUUUGGGCCCAACAUCUUGCAGAAGGAGAAGCCUGGAGAGAAAGAUGCCGGUGCCCUGAACUUUGAGGACAGUGCUGCCAUAAUUCUGGUGCUCCAGAGGCUGAUUGAGCACCACCACUCUCUGUUCAUGGUGUCUCCAGAAAUGCAGUGUGACGUCCUGAGGAGGCUGUUCCAGACACACCCCGAUGUCAUCGAGUACCUGCUGCGCAGGAAGUUCCCUGAUGCGCCGAGCCCAGAGCGUGAAGAUCCCGGGGAGGACCACGCUCCGCCCGCACUGCCCGGCUGGACACGCAGCCUGGAGCGAGGCUCUGUGUCCUCAGAGCUGUACAGCAACGUCUCCUUCCUGAACCUGGAUGUUGGCAUCUAGCGAGCCCUGGCCAGGCCUUCUGGACAAAACCAGGCGGCUCUUCCCAAAAAAGCCCAGCCCCUGCCUCACCUUGGGGACAGUCCCUGUGCCCUGGGGGCAGAGCUGUACUCGGGGGUCACCUGCCAGGCUGGCACCUCCCUGCAGGUCCAGCCGCUGCCAUGUCCUCAGCACAGCCCUCCCCUGCCACCUGCCUCUCACCUCGGGGACCCCGGGGAAGGGAUUUCAUGGAAUGGAGCAUCCCUCCUGGGAGCACAGCCUGAGGGACCUGGGGCUGCUCAGCCUGAGGAAGAGACAGCUCAGAGAGACCUUAUCCAUGCAUCCAAAUACUUCUGUAAGGGCCUGGAGGGACAGGACAAGGGGAAGGGCUUCCCCCUGCCAGAGGGCAUGGUUUAAUGGGAUUUUCAGAGAAGUUCUUCCCCGUGAGGGCAGCGAGGCUCUGGCACAGGCAGGGACACCUUCCAUUGCACCCAGCCCCAUCCAGCCUGGCCUUCCAGCCUUGAAUAGGGCAGCCACAGCUGGGCACCUCUGGGGAUAAAACAGCACUUCUGCAAACAAUAUUCCACAUUCCACCACAGCCUGCACCCAGUCCUGCUCUGAAGGCACCCAGACCUUCUCAGGUGCCCUGCUCAGGCCUGGGCUCUUAUUUUGCAAAGGUCCCUUCCCUGCGGAUCAGUACAGUCGGGAUGGGUGGGGAAGCAUUUCCCAGAGGUGCCUGUGCUGUGAGAUAGCUGCUGGGACUCCCUGGGAGCUGAUAAGCUCCAGAGAGCAGCAGAGCUGUUGAUUCUGGACCUGCAGAUAAAUUUGGGACACCAUGAGGCUGUGGGAGGUUCCAGAGGCCACCAGAACACCCGAGUGUCAGCUGUGAAACCAACGCUGUGUCCAGCCACCGCUCUGGGUGGGGUUAUACCUGCUGCAAGAGCAGCGCCCAGCCUUUCAAAUUCCUUCCCAGGGUGGUAAAACACUGGUACAGAUUGUCCAGAGAAGCUGUGGCUGCUCUUGGAUCCCUGGAAGUGUCCAAGGCCAGGCUGGACGGGGCUUGGAGCAGCCUGGGAUAGCCCCUGGCAGGUGGUGGAACAGGAUGAGCAUAAAGGUGCCUGCCCACCCAAACCUUUCUGUGAUUCCAUGAUUCUAGGACGUGACAGGGAUGCUGACAUAGAGGGCAGCUCUUUGCAGGAGAACUCCUGUAGGAUCUCACUUUCCCAGCACCACACCGGAGGCAAGGGGGACAAUGAGGAGCUCACUGGGAAGCUCCAGCUUUCUCUGGCUACUACAGAACCGUAAAAAUCACCGUAGGGUGUUUAUCCCUGGCAGUGUUGAUGGGAUAUUGCUGGAAACUCCGCUUGAGGGCAGCCUGGAACCGGCCUGGCCACGGCCUCCUCUGGCUGCGAGACUCUGCGUCCCACGGGAGCAGCCCUGGCGCUGCUGGAGCACACGGGGCUGGUUCGGACCCGCUCUGUUCCAGCCUCAUGAAAUAAAUCCCCUCCCCAGACCGCUGCAGAGUUCAUUCAUGGAGCCUUGGCGUUGCUCUGGCCCCGCUCUGGAGAGCCUGGCUGGCUUCUGUCACGCUCCAGGUUCUGUUCUCGUGGGCUCUUGGCCCCUGCAAGCCUUGGGGGUCACUUCAGAAACAAAUCAGGGAGGUUCUGUCUUGAUCUUUGCUGAUCCCCAGUGCUGGCACGGGAGGGGUUGUUGCUGUUGGGGGUGUCUGCUUUAGGGAGGGGUGGUGGCUUUUGGGCAGCGGUGGCUGUUGGGGAGUGGCGGAUGUUUGGGGGAGCCUACCUCGGCUCUCAGGAGCUGGUCACUGUUUCGGGGAUGGUUGCUGUUUGGGGGGAUCACUGCUGUUCAGGGAGCGGUUGCUGGUUUUGGGGGCAGUUGCUGCUGUUGGGGUGGUUCUGGCUGGUUUUUAGCUCAAGCCUCUCCAACCCCCCUUGAGCUCCUCACCACCAGUGGGGAUUCAGGGGCAAAGCCAGGCCUAGGGCUUGGUUCUGGGUGCAGAGGGAGUAUCUGCAGGAGUGGGACCGGCUGCUCGGAUCCAUGGGUGAGCCUAGAGUUAACAGCAAAGAGAGCAGAGCCCGAGUUCCUCCUUCUUUAAACUCCCGUGUCUCCCUCAGGCUGCUGACCAGGAUCCAGGGCCUGGACACAGAGCUCUGGGCUUGACAGCCCUCUGGGAAACCUGUGGGAGAGAAUUGUGGAGCCGUUGAGGUUGGAAAAGCCCUCCAAGACCACGGAGCCAAACCACUGCCCAGCAGUGCCGAGGGAUGCCACCACUGACCCAUGUCCUUACGUGCCACACCCACACAGCCUUUCCAUCUCUCCAGGGACGGGCACUCCAUCACCGCCCCGGUCAGCUGUGCCACGGCUGGACAGUGAAGGAAUUUUCCCUGUACAUGGAGGAAUUUUUCCAAAAAUCCAACCUGACCCUCUCCUGGCACAGCUUGAGGCCAGGUUCUGCGGGAGCUGAGCCCGACCCCCGUGUUCCACCUGCUGUCCGGGGUUUGCAGGAGUGGGAGCGGGGGG